AGUGAUUUAGACUUUUGUUACCUUGCUCACGAGAUUUUAACACAAGAAUAAAUAUAUCAUGUGAAGUGAUGAAUGUAUUGCUCGUUUAUCGGUGAAGUUCUGCUAGGUACCUAUAUAUUGACAAGUAAGUGAUUGUUACGCAAAUUAUAUAUGAUCUAUUCUAAAACAAAUUAGAGUUGUACGAAUGCAAAGUAUGCUACACUUUCAAUGAGAUCGUGAAUGAGUACAUACAUGCCCAAAAGUGAAAGUGCAUACGCGUAAUUUUGAUCCAAUACUUAACCAUCAUUUAAAAUAUAAUUUGUCCAGGAGCUUCAUCUGGAAACCUGAUAAAAUCGACUUCAAUGGAAGGGCAUCAUCAUAUGAACAUGGAUCAUUUAGAACAUCAUAACAAUAAAAUCAGCCCAAAUGAAGCUCUUUUAUCACACUCAAACCAUCAUAUGAAUGAUACACUUUUAAUUGAAGAAUUUAAUAAUAUUUUAAAUGGAACUGACAAUUUGGAUAGUAGCUUAAAAGGAUAUGAUGAUCAUGGUCAUGGAGAUCAUAUUUUGAGUCAUGGAGCCCAUAGCUCACAUGAAAUGCAUAUGUCGAUGACUUUCCAUGGUGGUUACAUGGAGACAAUUUUAUUUUCUUGGUGGAAAGUGACAGACAUGGGAGAAUUCAUGGGAUCAUUUUUAGCAAUAUUCAUAAUGGCAUUAUUCUAUGAGGGACUGAAGUACUACAGGAAACACUUGUUAUGGAAAACUUAUACAGGAUUACAAUAUUGUGCAGUUGCACCUCCAGAUAAAGGUGUGGCGAAUAUUUGUGCAGCAGAUGAACCGCAAGUCAUACAGUCCAUGCCUCAUGUACUGGAAAGGAAUAUACCUACAAUGAUGAGUGCAGCACAUGCAUGGCAGACUGUGUUACAUGGAAUACAAGUUCUUGUUAGCUACAUGCUUAUGUUGGUGUUUAUGACUUAUAACACAUGGUUGUGUGCAGCUGUUGUUUUGGGAUCUGCUACUGGUUACUUUCUCUUUGGUUGGCGUGAAUCUGUUGUGGUGGACUUCACUGAACACUGUCAUUGACAAAUGUUAAGAUCAAUAAGUCAGAUUAGUAUUAUUAAUGAUUAUAUAUCCUUACAAUUUAUGAAAUACAGAAUGGUUUAUAUCAUGUUGUUAUUAUUAUCAUGUUUUAAUAAGGCAACAUUUAUGGGUGAUACAGUUACAUUUUAUACCAGUUAUAUAUUUUGUAGACUAUUUAGGUUAUAAUUAGAUGAGUAUUAAAAAAAGCUAUG